CCGCCAGCAACUUGACAGUUCAAUUUGCGUUGCCGAGAUCUCUGGAGGCGUUGAUUGGUUUGAUUGCAGAAACUCUUCUCGGCAUUCCUGUCCUCCCCCCAAAAUCUAUACCUCGCUCGUUUUGAUCCCGAUUCGACUCUGGCAUUCUCACUUCAUCCUAUUGCAACCUCGUUAGGAACAUAGCUGUAGAUCGUCAAAAUGGACCCCGAACACCCAUUUUUCACAAUCGGUGUCCACGAUUCGAAAAGAGAUGAGCCCUUUACCGAACUGCAAUAUGGACACCUCCUCAACCAAAGUGUUUCAUUUGUGACAGCGCCGAUCACCAACAGCCACUUCAGAGAUAGAAUAUUUGCUCUUGUAAAAGAUCAUCUAAAUGCGCUGAAGAGCAAUGGCGAACAACCCACUACCCUCUUCACAGCUUCUCAACCAGAUCCUAUCAUCCCACCCAUUACUCCGGAAGAUACCCAGCUGUUCCCAUCCAGUGCAGUCAAUACUUAUAUCGGAUACACGAGUCCUUGGAUUGAUCUUGGAUCCAAUGACCCUGUCGUGGCCAGCAUCUCUCGUCAGAUUCUAAACCUUGAAAUCAACUAUGCCAAUUUCUGUGGUGUGCGUACUCUGGUCAUUGCUGGCCCUCAGAAGGGUAGCAGCAACGGAUCGUUGGCAUCCAAGUCGAUUGCUCUUUAUGCCCGUGGCAUCCAAGAGGCCCUUAAUGUCGGAAAGCAUCUUAGCUUCAUUGUACAUAUGCCCAUGUGUCACGAGGCCACUGACAACCCAGUUGAAACUCUCUCGAGCCUUGCUGCUGUCAUAAGACAAGAUGUCAGCCAAACACAAGCCGAUGUAUUUACAUCGUGGGAUUAUUGGCAUCAGAUUCGUACAGUCUGUGAUUACAGUCUGCGUCUCUUUGUUGCACUGAAGCUUCCAAUUGUCGUCCCCGAAAAGGACUUGCAGACUAGAUGGUUUGCUGAACCUCUCAUGUACCUAACCAUCGGUGCUGAGGUGUUUCAGACCAACAAAGCUGGUUACCCAUGCCUCUCGAAAUACCAUCAGGCAUUGAUUUUCACCUACAUGCGUUUGAAGACACCACCUUGCAUCCUGCUCUGUGAUGUUGGACCAGAGGUUCCCAAGACAGAGGGCAACUUUGAGACACUGUUGGAGAUGACGAGCAAGCCCAAGGAUGAUGACGAGUUCCCUUCUUUGUCCCAGGCUCACGCUAUGCAGCCCAAGGCGGCGGCCCCGUCUUCUCACCUCGAUUACAUCAAAUGGCUUGAGUCUGAGCAGCCGCCGUUUGGACCCAUGGAGACGUCUGUUUUGACAAGCUUCCAGGAUUGGCUCCAGUCGCCUCUGCAGCCAUUGUCGGACAACUUGGAGUCUGCUACAUAUGAAGUAUUUGAAUGUGACCCUGUGAAAUACAAUCAAUACGAAAUUGCCACAAUGGAGGCAUUGAGCGAAUGGAAGAAGCUGAACAAGCCCACCUCUAAGAAGGGCAAGGUCGUUAUUGCUGUUGCCGGUUCUGGUCGUGGCCCCCUUGUCACCAGAGCAUUGAAUGCAGCCCGAGACGUUAAAGUCGAUGUGGAGGUCUGGGCUGUCGAGAAGAACCCCAAUGCCUAUGUCUACUUGCUGCGUCAGAAUGCAAAGGUGUGGAAUGGCCAGGUUAAUGUUGUCAAGACAGAUAUGCGCCAUUGGAAGGGCCCAGUCGUUGAAACAACAGCUGAUGGCAAGGUGGUCUACGGCAAGGUCGACAUUCUCAUCUCUGAGCUGCUCGGCUCCUUUGGAGACAAUGAGCUUUCGCCCGAAUGCCUUGACGGUAUUCAACAUGUCAUGGCUAUGAACGGCAUUUCUAUUCCCAGCUCCUAUACAGCACACCUCUCUCCGAUUUCGACACCGAAGCUUCACGCUGAUAUUUCAAACCGAUUCGCAACUGAUCCAACUGCGUUUGCUACGCCAUGGGUUGUCCAUCUCUUUGCGCUCGACUUUGUGUCGCAAAAGGUGCCGAACCACCCGCGCAUCCAGGAAGCCUGGGAGUUCUCUCACCCCAUCUCGGCUGCUACUCUCGAAAGUGUCGAGGCUAGACGAUCGGGUGGCGUUGUAGGAGGCGGCGGUGGCAGCAUGGCGGGAGCCGCCGGUGCCAACGACCACAACGCAAGAUUCUGCCACUUGACAUUUGUCUGCCGAACGCGGGGUGUGACGCAUGGUCUGGCUGGAUACUUUGAGGCUACAUUGUAUGAAUCGCAGCUCCCCGAGAAUGAAAAGGCCAAGGUGGAAAUCAGCAUUCACCCGGAGAGAAUCGACGAUAAGAGCAGGGACAUGACAUCGUGGUUCCCCAUCUUCUUCCCACUCAAGCAACCUCUCUACUUCCCGGCAGAUACUGAGCUGGAGGUUAGCAUGUGGCGACAAACCGACGACACUCGCGUUUGGUAUGAGUGGCUUGUGGAAGCAUGGAUGUGGGUGAGCCCGACGUCGCGGGUCAAGAUUGCGUCGUCGGAGCUAUGCAGCAGCCGUCAGGUUGCGUGCCUUAUGUGAACGGUUUAAGUCAUUGUGUCGUAAUAAAAGUAUGCACUACUGCAAGCAUGUGGCCCUAUUUAGCCCUCUC